CAAUUGCCCGGCACAUGUUCUUGUUUUCAAUUUGUUGACUCCUGAGUUUUGUUUAAUAUUGUUGACAAACCACCAUGAGCACCACCCAGAAGCUGGAAUUCGAUGCCCAGCUGGGAGGACACAUCACACUGCCCACGCAUGUGUCCACCUAUCACUAUGCAGCCGGCGCUCUGGCGGAAAUCAAGGAUCUAAUUUCAGAGGCCCAGCAUCCCACGGGCCCAGGCAGGAGCAGUAAACUAAUCUUUCAAUCGUUACCCAAACAUAUGCGCCGUCGGGCUAUGUCCCAUCAUCCCAAGCGUUUGCCCCGCAAAUACCGCAAGGCACACAAAUCCCAGAUGGGCAAAGGCGGGAACCAACCGGUCAAUCACAAGCGUCCAUCUCGCAAAUAUCGUCGUCGUCCCGGCAAUCUUCUAAAGGAUUAUAUAAGACGGCAGCGUAAACACAUCUGGCUGGAGACACACAUCUGGCAUGCAAAGCGUUUCCACAUGGUGGACAGAUGGGGUCAUCGCCUGCCCUAUGCGAGUUGCGACAAGACCUACAGAGCUUGCUAUCGGGCAAGUGCCCAGCAUUGUCUACUCCAGGAUAUCUCGUAUUAUUGUUGUGUGGAAAUCAAAGGACAACUGGAUAUGCUGCAUCAGGGUUUUGCUCGUCUAACCAGUUCCGAAUGUGGACCACGGAUCACAGCCAAGACUUAUGUGAGUGGCAGACGAGAGGGCACAGUGGAACUCUUUUGUGAUGGCCAGUAUCCUUUGGGUGCACUGCAACGUGCCACUUUUAUAUGGCAACCUCUUGAAGAUACAGAAGAUGAGGUGAAACAGCGUACUAUUUGGCUAUGGCUGCAUCCCAGUGCUGCUGAUGCCACCAUAGAGCAAAUCCUAAAAGUCUUUAAACUAAAGUCCAUGAAGCAAACGAAAGUUCCAUUAGAAAACCCCGACGAAGACCAGGUGAUGGAGGAUUCCAAAGAAAAAAGCAAGACGAAGAAAAACAAAAAACCUCUUCUUAAGACCAUUACCCGGGCGUUUGAAUUGCAGCCACGUUAUGCAAACUCUACUGAAGAUCUUCAAUUAACUAUUCUUAGGCAGGAAUUUAAUAGAUUUCGGCUUACAGGAAGCGGAGCUCAGCGUGUCCUGGCCUCCAGCCUUCGCCCUCAUCCGCAACCCGCCCAGCCUCAACCACAUGCAGAUUACUAUGAGGCCGCGCUUGGGCUAAGUUCACCCAGUGAAGUGCUCUCUAAUCUCAUUAUGGGCAUACAAGUGAUUGAUCCUCGUCUCCAAAAGCCGAAAAAGAGAACGAAACCAGUCAUCGAUUCCGACACCAACUCCAACUCAUCAUCAGCCAUAGAUCUACUUGUAAGUCAGCCCAAAUCUCUGUCGGAGAGUCCUCUAUGGCAGAAAGAGUUUAGGCAGCAGUUGGCCUCAAAUCUCUUGUCGCCGCAUGCCUAUGAUGAACUGCGUCGCAAGCAUGCUGUAGUACCCGGAGCCCCUUGCCUCUUUGAAGAAAAGCUACAAAGUGUGCCCAUUAUACUUAUACAACGUCCUGGCUCUCAGGACUCACAGUACAAGCGUCUGGGCUAUGGUUCUGGCUGGGAUGUGAUAGCUCCAGCAAAAUACGGCAUGAAUCUAUGGCUCACACUGAUCAUGUGGGGAGCUCGACCUGGUGGCUUACGAGAAAUGGACUCGGUGGCUCGAGAAUCUGGGGCGGAUCUCCAUUUGCCGGACACACAGACUGGCCUUAAGGAGCAACAUGUGGCCGAAGUGGAGCGACGAACUCGUUAUUUUCGUUUGCCACCAAAUAAACGUUGCAAUUACCGUAAAUUAUCAGUAGCCAGUCCAUUCAAACCACCGUGGCAGGAAUUGGUUAGGGAUUGGACAGAUGACUCGGUGCAACCUUUUUAUGUUUGCCGACAGCGUUCCCAAUUAGUUGCCCUGGAGCAAAGGCUUUUGCACUCCCACCAAUCCUGGUCGAUUAGUGAUUCUCAAGCGUUGCCCCCAUCGAAUAGCCUCAUCCAAAUCCAAGUUCAACUACUGCGUCGAGGACAUUUGCAGGAUAAUGCUCUGAUUUGUUUACCUAUUGGCCAGGAUUACAAGCAUCGUUGGCGGCAGAUCAAAAAGUCUGAUCUGGGACCCGUGCACUGUGAACCCCUGCAGCCGGAUGUCAAUGAGAGACAAAGAAAGGAUCUCCGCCUUGCCCACAAACGGAAACUGAAACGACUACGCGCACGACGUGUGCGUGAGAAGCGACGCUGCCAGGAAACAGCGAUUCGCAAAGUUUACAUCCGUCCAGCCAAUACAGAGCAUUUGGUGCGAGCCCAAUUGGAGGAGAUGUGUCGCCUAUGGCUGCCCACAGAUCCCACCGAGACACAACAGAGUGUACGUCGGCAAUCCAGUCGCCAGGUGUUUGGCUAUGUCAGCAAGGCUGCCUUCAGCUAUACUGAGGCCAAAGUUUGUGCCGUUGGCUAUGUCACUGUCAAUGGACUAAGGGAAUUGUGUCUCCAAUCAAAGGAUAAGCCACAGGCAAAGAAUUCUUCGCAAUUGCUGUGCUUGGUGCGAGAUGCCAAUAGUCGGGACUAUCGCUGGGCCAGUUUUAAGAUUAAUCUAAAUGUGGCAGUUGCCCCACCAGGUUGAGAUUGGAUAGAACAUAGAUAUACUGUUAACUGUUAUUUUUAAAAAAACAAAUUUAAAAACCGAUAACAUUAAACGACACUUUUAUCGAUAAAUUUU